UAGCCAUCUGUUCCCAACAAUCAUCCUGGCUGUUGGCAUGGCAUUUGUUUAGCAAGUCUUUAGUUCCUGUCUGACAAGCUACAUUAGGUACUACAAGGCAGAUGAGUUUUCAACAUCUACCAUAAUGUGGAAGAGACAUUUCAUCUUCUAUUUCCUGCUUCUGCCAACUUUUAUGAGUCAAAUAAUACAGAGACAAAGAAAGAAAGGAUCGAAGUCUAAUUUACAUGCAAGAAAAAAUGAUUUCUGGGACUCCACUUGCUUCAUAGAUAUUGUCUUCAUCGUGGACAGCUCUGAAAGUUCUAAAAUUGUUCUUUUUGAUAAACAGAAAGAAUUUGUAACUAGCCUGAGUGAAGAGAUUUUCCAAUUGAUCCCCUCUCGCUCUCUGAGCUAUGACAUCAAACUGGCAGCUCUUCAGUUUAGUAGCUCUGUCCAAAUUGAUCCACCUUUUUCUGCUUGGAAGGACCUGCAAACUUUUAAGCAGAAAAUCAAGUCUAUGAAUUUCCUUGGGCAAGGCACUUUCUCUUAUUAUGCCAUUACCAAUGCCACUAGGUUACUUAAAAGAGAAGGACGAAAAGAUGGUGUGAAAGUGGCUUUGCUAAUGACAGAUGGCAAAGACCAUCCAAAGAGUCCAAGUGUUGAAAGUAUUUCUGAAGAUGCAAGAGCUGCAGGAAUAUUAUUUAUCACCAUUGGACUUUCCACUGUGGUUGAUGAAGCCAAACUUCGUUUGAUAUCUGGGGAUGCAUCUGGUGAACCCAUUCUUCUGUUGAGUGAUCCAACCCUUAUAGAUAAAAUUCGGGAUCGCCUGGAUAUCUUAUUUGAAAUGAAGUGUGAACGCAAGAUUUGUGAGUGUGAAAAGGGAGAUCCAGGUGACCCAGGACUUCCGGGUACUCAUGGAAACCCAGGUAUCAAAGGUGACCGAGGACCAAAAGGAAACCCGGGUGAUGCUCAGAAAGGGGAGCCUGGAGAAAAAGGCCCGGGGGGAAAUCCUGGGUUCAAGGGUGAAAAGGGUGGACGUGGUGAAUGUGGCAAACCAGGAAUUAAAGGUGACAAAGGAUCCCCAGGGCCAUAUGGAUUAAAAGGACCCAGAGGACUUCAGGGCAUUAGUGGACCUCCAGGGGACCCAGGGCCGAAGGGAUUUCAAGGCAGUAAGGGGGAGCCAGGUCCUCCUGGUCCUUAUGGUCCUCCAGGAACCCCUGGAAUUGGACAGCAAGGUAUUAAGGGGGAAAGAGGCCAGGAGGGAAGAAUAGGAGCUCCAGGACCAAUUGGAGUUGGUGAACCGGGUCAGCCUGGUCCCCGUGGUCCUGAGGGAGCACCAGGAGAGAGGGGGGUACCUGGAGAAGGAUUUCCCGGACCAAAGGGUGAAAAGGGCUCUGAGGGACCAAUUGGCCCACAAGGAUUACAAGGCCUGUCAAUAAAAGGAGACAAGGGGGAUUUGGGACCGGUGGGGCCUCAAGGACCAAUGGGCAUCCCUGGAAUUGGCAGCCCAGGGGAACAGGGAAUCCAAGGACCAAUUGGACUUCCAGGUCCUCAAGGACCCCCAGGACAAGGCUUACCUGGCUCCAAGGGAGAAGAAGGCCAGAGAGGACCUACAGGUCCUAGAGGGCCAAUUGGAAUUGGAGUACAAGGUCCAAAGGGAGAGCCAGGCUCAGUAGGACCCCCGGGACAGCCAGGAGUGCCUGGAGAAGAUGGAAAAGCAGGGAAGAAGGGAGAGGCGGGACUUCCUGGAAUAAGAGGCCCAGAAGGCCCACCUGGAAAAGGACCCCCUGGCUCCAAGGGUGAUGAAGGUAAGAAAGGGAGCAAAGGAAAUCAAGGACAGAGGGGAUUUCCAGGAUCUGAAGGGCCAAAGGGUGAUCCAGGGGCGAUCGGCCCUUAUGGGAUGCCUGGAGCAUCAAUUCCUGGUCCACCUGGAACAAAGGGAGAUAGAGGAGGACCUGGGUUGCCUGGAUUUAAAGGAGAACCUGGACUUUCAAUUCGAGGACCAAAGGGUGUGCAAGGCCCUCCAGGACCAGUGGGUGCUCCAGGAGUCAAAGGAGAUGGCUAUCCUGGUGUGGCUGGACCUCGAGGACUACCAGGACCUCCAGGACCAAUGGGUUUACGUGGAGUGGGGGACACUGGAGCAAAGGGAGAACCUGGUGUGAGGGGUCCCCCUGGCCCAUCUGGGCCUCGAGGUAUUGGAACCCAAGGGCCAAAGGGUGAUAUUGGGCAGAAAGGUUUGCCUGGUUCCCCUGGUCCUCCUGGCUAUGGACUACAAGGAAUUAAAGGGGAACAAGGCCCUCAAGGCUUUCCAGGAGUGAAAGGCAUGAUGGGCCGUGGCCUCCCAGGCCAGAAGGGAGAACAUGGAGAACGAGGUGAUGUGGGAAAGAAAGGUGAUAAAGGGGAAAUUGGAGAUCCUGGAUCUCCAGGAACACAGGGGUUACAAGGACCAAAAGGAGACAUAGGACUUACCAAAGAAGAAAUUAUCAAACUUAUUUCAGAAAUAUGUGGUUGUGGACCCAAAUGCAAAGAGGUUCCAUUAGAACUGGUGUUUGUAGUUGACAGCUCAGAAAGUGUGGGACCAGAGAAUUUCCACAUCAUCAAGAAUUUUGUGAAGAUUCUGACUGAUCAGGUGGCUCUUGACCUCGCUCGAAUAGGCAUAAUCAACUAUAGCCAUAAAGUGGAGAACGUGGCUCAUUUGACCCAGUUCUCCAACAAGGAUGAAUUCAAGCUGGCUGUGGAUGAUAUGCAGUAUCUGGGGGAAGGCACCUACACAGCCACAGCACUCCAUGCAGCUAACCACAUGUUUGAGGCUGCAAGACCAGGUGUAAAGAAGGUGGCUUUGGUCAUCACUGAUGGACAGACAGAUAACCGUGAUGCAAAGAAUCUGCCCAAUGUGGUCAAGAAUGCCAGUAUCAUUAAUGUGGAAAUAUUUGUGAUUGGGGUGGUAAAGAAAAAUGAUCCCAACUUUGAAUUAUUCCACAAAGAAAUGAAUCUGAUUGCUACUGACCCAGAUAAUAAACAUGUUUAUCUAUUUGAUGACUUCAUUACACUACAAGAUACCCUGACACAAAAAUUGUUUCGGAAAAACUGUGAGGAUUUUGAUUCCUACCUUUUUCAAGUUUUGGGUUCACCCCUUGAAUCUGGAUUGAUGACUGCAGGGGGAGAACCGAGUGAACCUACUCCUGAGCCUCAGAAAGCAAUGCCAGAAUCUGACAAAGAGAACCAACCUACAGAACUUAUUUGGGCUGACAGCCUGGCUGCCACUCCUUCAUCAGAUGUCACAACAACUCGGGGACCACUACUCGACCCCUCAAAAGAUGAGAAAGAAGGUCUGGAAACCCGAACUCCAAGUCCCAUUUUGAUUUUACAGUCAGAAACAUUGGUGCAUAAAGAUCCUAGAUGUUUGGAAUCCCUGGAUCCUGGAAAUUGUGACAAAUAUGUUGUUCGAUGGUACUAUGAUAAGGAUGUCAAUUCUUGUGCCCGUUUUUGGUUCAGUGGCUGUAGUGGUUCAAGAAAUAGAUUCUACAGUAAAAAGGAAUGUCAAGAAAUCUGCAUUCAAGAAUGAGAAAGUAAAUUUAUUUGCAAUGAAUGACGUCUAUCAAUAAUCUAAGAUCCUCUAUAACUUCAAAUAUUUACCCAUUGUAAAUAGCACCAUAUUUGAAUACAAAUAGUACUUACACUUGUAGACAUAAGUUAAUUCUUAUAACUAUCCACCACUACCUCCCCACCCCCAAGGAUGGAGGGAUUAAUAGCCUUUUUAACAGGUGAAGAAGCUGAAGGUUCUGAGAAACUUAGUAACUUGUGAACUAUCACCCAACUAAAAAAAGUGCAGAACUAGAUUAUGACCCAAGACUUUAGAACUUCAAAAUAUGGUCUUUUAUGUGUGGGAUAUAGACUUCCUCAGGGAAUAUCAAAUGUGCAAAGGCAAUAGAAACAAAGAGCACAAGAACUGGUUUUCAGUAGGAAGUUUGCCACUGGGGCAGGAGUGUGUGUGGCGGGGAGGAGAUUAGUUAGGGAGGGGAACUCUAGGACAAUCAUGGAGAGAAAAUGUGCCACCGCAGAGGUAUGCUGGGUUGCAGGAGGGAAACUGGGUACACUGGUGGAGACUAAGGAACAUUGUCUGCCUGAAACUCAAUCACAAGUUAUCUUUGUAAUUCACAGUGAUUUAAAAAUAAAUAAAUAAAUACAGGUUCUACUUCCCAGCCUGCAAUAUAGUCUUAUUCUGGUUGCUUCCUAUUCUGCAUGUUACAGAUUAAUCUCCUACCCCAGCCCUCCCUGUAUUCUUCCUGGUCCUCUACUUUCCCCCAUCUAUUUAAUCCCCCUAAGUUCCCCUCAUAGCAUUGUCAGUAGCAAAGGAAGGCAGUGGGAAAAGGCUUGGUUUGGGAAAUUAGUAAUUAAAGAUGAUGGGUGAGUUUUGCACAGCGGUAGGCAUUUGCCUUGCACGCGGCCGAGUUCAAUUCCUUCGUCCCUCUCAGAGAGCCCUGCAAGCUACCGAGAGUAUCUGGCCCACAAGGCAGAGUCUGUCAAGCUACCCGUGGUGUAGUCAAUAUGCCAAAAACAGUAACAACAAGUCUCACAAUGGAGACGUUACUGGUGCCUGCUCGAGCAAAUGGAUGAACAAUGGGACGACAGUGCUGCAGCGCAUAAGAGCUGGCAAGACAAGAAAGAUAUCCUGCUUGGAAGAGACCCCACAAGAUAUAAUAGUUCUGAGACAGAGAAUUAGGAAAAAAUGGGAUGGUGAAGGUAGUUAGAUCCCACCAGCACCUCUCCUCCAAACACAAACAGGCACAUUCUUCCCUUUGUUAUUGUUGUCAUAUACUUGGUUACAGUGUUCCCACACUUGAUUGUGAUGUUGGAAUUGCAUUCAGCAGGUAGGACAUGUCAGUGAGCAAAAUCCUAAUCUCAUGCCUGAAAGGCAGGUACUCUACUAAUGAGCUAUCCUAGGCUCCCAAGGAUAGUUAGAUUUGUAUCUUACUCGCCAUAAAAGUGAUCAGCAAUCAGAAUUAAAAUUAUUGAACUGAAAUUGAUUAGUAACUGUUACUCCCUACUUCUCCAGCAUGUUUGUUAACAAGUUCUUUAAUUUAUGUCUAAACUAAACAUGUAAAAGAAAAAUUGCAAUUUGAACAUCUUCCUUUAAAAUUUGCAAAUAAAGUGCUUUCCACUUUUAUAUCAUCUGUAUCUUAAAUUUGGAUGUGAAAGUUCUUUUUUGAAACUUUAUCAGAUUGUUCUUCUCUCUUCAUCUUCUCUCUCUCAUAUUUCCUAAAUAAAAUGAUUCUACUUCACUAAAAAAAUAACUAAUAAAAUACAUAAAAGGAACUUUGAAUUUUAUGGAAUGGAAUGGGAAGGUGAGUAGUAUAUUUUAAAGAUAAGACUUUAACAGAAAAGGGAGCCAGAAACUAAAGUAUGAUCCAUCAGUGAAAUAGAUAAUUGACUGUGAUUUUAUAACAAUCCCGUGAUGUCAAAUUUGAGGAGACCAUUAGACCAUUAGCUGAGUUUUUGUAUAGAUCACCUCAUGACACAC